AUGGACCAACCCGAUGACCAUUUUCGCUACAUACACAGCUCCUCGCUUCACGAACGUGUCCAGAUCAAGGUUGGCACCCUCGAGGGGAAGAAGCGGCAGCCAGAUUAUGAAAAGCUCCUGGAUGACCCAAUCCUACGCUUCUCGGGCCUGUACUCCGAGGAGCACCCCUCGUUCCAGGUGCGCCUGCAGGUGUUCAACCAGGGCAGACCCUACUGCCUGCCCGUGACCAGUUCGUACAAGUCCUUUGGCAAGCGUUGGAGCUGGAACGAGUGGGUGUCGCUGCCGCUGCAGUUCUCCGACUUGCCGCGCAGCGCCAUGCUUGUGCUGACCAUCUUGGACUGCUCGGGCGCUGGUCAAACGACUGUGAUUGGUGGCACCUCCAUUUCGGUGUUCGGCAAGGAUGGCAUGUUCCGCCAAGGGAUGUACGAUCUGCGAGUCUGGCUGGGUGUUGAGGGUGAUGGCAGCUUUCCCAGUAGAACGCCUGGCAAGGGCAAGGAGUCCUCCAAAUCCCAGAUGCAGCGCCUAGGGAAGCUGGCCAAGAAGCAUCGCAACGGACAGGUACAAAAGGUGGACUGGCUGGACAGGCUGACAUUCCGUGAGAUUGAGGUGAUCAACGAGCGGGAGAAGCGCAUGUCGGACUACAUGUUUCUAAUGAUUGAGUUUCCUGCAAUUGUCGUAGACGAUACGUAUAAUUAUGCAGUGGUCUACUUCGAAGCGGAGGGCGAUGUCAAAUACAAGCUGCCAGCCAAGCCGAAGUUAGUAUCCGUGCCGGAUUCAGAGAUUCAAAUGGAAAACCUGGUGGAGAGAAAGCACCAUCGCCUAGCGCGUUCGGAACGCUCUGGAAUCUCGGACAGAGAUGCCAAGCCCACAGCCAGCAUUCGGGAUCAGCUCCACACCAUUGUGUACAGGUAUCCCCCAACGUAUGUGCUGAGCAGCGAGGAGCAGGAUUUGGUGUGGAAGUUCCGCUUCUAUCUCUCCUCGCACAAAAAGGCUCUAACCAAGUUCCUUAAAUGUAUUAACUGGAAGCUGGAGGAUGAGGUUACCCAGGCGCUUUGGAUGCUGGCCAACUGGGCGCCCAUGGAUGUGGAGGAUGCUUUGGAGCUACUUAGUCCCACAUUUACCCAUCCCCAAGUCCGAAAGUAUGCAGUUAGUCGCCUGGCUCAAGCUCCCGACGAAGAUCUUCUGUUGUAUCUGCUUCAACUGGUGCAGGCUCUCAAAUACGAAGAUCCUCGGCACAUUGUUCACCUGCAUGGCUGCAUCUUUCCCGAACGGGAUGUAGUACGCUCCAUCUUAGAUGACAAUGGCUCGCUGUUGGAUCAGAGCAGCCUCUCGGAUCUGAGUGCUGCCAGCAGUGGUCUCCAUGCCUCCGUUAUUCCAGCCAAUCAGCGAGCAGCCAGUGUCUUGGCUGCCAUCAAGAGUGACAAGUCAGUGAGUCCUGGAUCCGCAGGCGGCCAGGGGUCUUCGACAGCGCCGGGUCCGUCGACUCCGGCUACACCUGGCGGCAGUUCCUUGCCCUGUGACUCCAAUUCCAAUGCGUUGAUGCUGGCCGAGGGCAUUAGCUUUGGCAGUGUUCCGGCCAAUCUCUGCACAUUCCUCAUCCAGCGAGCUUGCACGAAUGCCACGCUGGCCAACUACUUCUACUGGUACCUGUCCAUCGAGGUGGAGGAGGUGGAAUCGGUAAGGAAGCAGGAUGAGCGGGCACACGAUAUGUAUGCAAUGGUGCUUAAGAUGUUCCUCAAGGUCUUGGAGAAUGGCAACUUCAAUCUUCGCGGCAUCUUCUAUAAUCUCCGCAAGCAGCGUCGCUUUAUAGACGAGCUGGUCAAGCUUGUUAAGCUGGUGGCCAAGGAGCCGGGCAAUCGCAAUAAGAAAACGGAAAAGUUCCAGAAGCUGCUGUCGGAGCAGGACAUGUUCAAGGUGAACUUUACCAACUUUGAGCCGAUUCCAUUUCCCUUGGAUCCGGAAAUCUACAUCACUAAGAUUGUGCCCAUGCGUACGUCGCUCUUCAAGAGCGCCCUAAUGCCAGCCAAACUCACAUUUGUCACAUCGAUUGCUCAGCACGAGUAUGCAGCAAUUUUCAAGCAUGGCGAUGAUCUGCGACAGGAUCAGCUCAUCCUGCAGAUGAUCACGCUGAUGGAUAAGCUGCUGCGACGCGAGAACCUGGACUUGAAGUUGACUCCCUACAAGGUGCUGGCCACUAGCUCUAAGCAUGGUUUCCUGCAGUAUGUGGACUCUUGCACAGUGGCCGAGGUUUUGGCACGCGAAGGUAACAUCCACAACUUCUUCCGGAAGCAUCAUCCCUGCGAUAAUGGACCGUAUGGCAUAUCGGCGGAGGUUAUGGACACAUAUAUCAAGAGCUGUGCUGGCUACUGUGUAAUUACGUAUUUGCUGGGCGUGGGUGAUCGUCACUUGGACAACCUGCUACUGACCACCAAUGGCAAGCUCUUCCACAUCGAUUUCGGCUAUAUAUUGGGCCGUGAUCCUAAACCCAUGCCGCCGCCCAUGAAGCUCAGCAAGGAGAUGGUAGAGGCAAUGGGUGGCAUUAGCUCGGAGCAUCAUCAUGAGUUCCGGAAGCAAUGCUAUACGGCUUAUUUGCAUCUGCGACGCCAUGCCAAUGUGAUGCUCAAUUUAUUCUCGCUAAUGGUGGAUGCCACCGUGCCGGAUAUUGCUCUGGAGCCAGAUAAGGCGGUGAAGAAGGUGGAGGAGAAUCUGCAGCUGGGAUUAACGGAUGAGGAGGCGGUCCAGCAUUUGCAGAGUCUACUGGAUGUGAGCAUAACGGCCGUAAUGCCGGCACUGGUGGAGCAGAUCCAUCGUUUCACUCAGUACUGGCGGAAGUAAUUAGGAUUUAGCUUUAGCUUCCCCUUAGACGUAGUAGCCUGUAUCCACAAGUCUGUAAUCCGGAAUUUAAAUGUAUCUCUGUAUCAGCUUUGA